CUAAAAGCUCCAGCUCUACUUCCUGGGAAUUGGUUUUCUCCCUGUUUCUCGAAGCCGGAUUGCAGAUGGUCGGUUCGAAAGAACAGGCACUUUAUUUUUUUUUCAACACGGUUUCUAGCAGCUGUUCACACAAAAACAUAAACAACUUCAUCCGGCCGCAGCCCGAGGUACUGUUUUUCAAACAAGUGAAGCACUCGCUGUCGGUUCGUCGUUUCAUCGAAGAGAAAUCACCAUCACGUUCACGAGGAACAGCAGGACCGGCGCACUCACGAGCAGAAUCUUCAGAUGCUGGUGGUGAAAAUAGCCGACGCACGAAAAUGUCAUACGAGAAGCGACCCGCCUCUCCAGAAGACGAAGAUGGAGGUAGUACAAAGUGCAGAACCUCCUCCGGACGAGUAACAGGAGGGGGAGGCCACGCAGGCCACCAGAAUGAUUCACCUAACAACUACCUCGUUGUGUUUUUCUGUUACGAGUUUCUGCGGUUGUUGGUCUCGCAGCGGUGUUUUGAUAAAAAAGUUUUCGAGCAGCAGAAAGCAUCAAAUUACGACACUGACGGAGACCAGCAACUACACUGUCGACACCGAGCAGGCGGCAUGAUAGACGACAACGACACAACAGAUUCUUCCACAGCCGGCGGCGCAGCAGCGGGUCUUGUCGCAUCUGGGCUAGGAGCACCUGCGGCGUCAACAUCGGUUUCACCGCGGCUGGACCCCACCGGGGUUGCUGCAAAUCCAAAUGCUUGUUCUGGUGCAGCCGCUGGUGGAAAGAAACAUAUUGACAAAACCGAGCAGAGGACCAUCGUUCUUUCGAAGGAAGCAAAGCGCCAACUGAAACUGUGCAGAAAUAAACUGUUUGACGAUGCGAAAGCGUUGGCGGAAUUGCGCUGCGUGCAGUAUCAGAACUUCAGAUGGAUUGUGCAGCACUUUACCGGACGAGCGCUCCAGCCGCACGGCACGAUGAACACCAGCGAAGUAGUGGGCAGUUUUUCAACAACAUCUCCGACUGCCGCCUCCGCCACACACGGAGGCGGUGAAGCCGCGCGUGACCAAAAUCAAAAUGCUGGUCCACCAGUGCUACCAGGGGGACGAUCUCAAAUGGCGCCGGAAAGUUGCCAGCAGUUGCACAAGACCUCGAACAAGAUGGAGCAGGUAGCCGCGGGCAACUCCGCUACUUCUUCCUCGUCGCUUUUACGAGAAAGGAAACAUCAACAAGCAGGUGAAGAUGGAAGUACUACCGCUGCAAGAACUACGGAGAGCUGUAAAAAUACCGCGAAGACGAACUACGACCCCAGCGUUGCCGCAGUAUGCUCGUGAAAACCCUACUCAUAGUCAAUCUUAACAACCACGACAUCAAGAAAAGGAAUAUAGAAAAAACCCAACAGUCACUGGGACUGCGUCGAAACUUUUCUUGAUGCUGUAGUUCGUGCUGUGAUCAUAAUUGCAGAGGAGCAUAAGAAUCAAUCAAACGUCGAAGAUCAUGGAGUAGAACUGAGGCUGGGCUCGUAUAUUACCAUUUUUGCAUCGUUGUAAACGAAGACCAGCAAUAAAAAUCGAAUGGGUUGCUGGUUGUAGUGAAGAUCAUCUUGACUACUUUCAUGGUUUUCCAUCGCAUAUCCUCCUUGCAUCCCCGUUCGCAGUCGGGAAUUUCGGCGAAAAAUCGAAGAUUUGAUACCGGAGUUUGUCAGUAUCUAUUUCAGCCGAAGAGGCUCGUGUGCAGUAGCUAGUAGUACUACUGCAGCUCCUCCUGGACAACUUCUACAUUCGACCACUAGAACAAGCGAUAAUGACACCGGACAAGCACGACCAGGUACAUCUGCAGGUCGUGCAGCUGCGGAGCAUGUUGAUCGUGAUCCGCCCGACGUUUUUUCACCCCUGUUCCACACCGUUAGUAGCGCUCUAGCAGGGGAAUUGACGGCUGUGCUCCUUGAAGACUACAGGACGAAGAUGAAUGAACCUGGCGGACAGGAUAGCACUAGCAAUGGACGGACGUUGUACAACAACAAACCUGAGGACAUCAAGAGUUGCCGUGUGACACCGCUUUUUGAUAAUUACGACGGUAAAAGUAGCGAUCACAUGACCACAGUACAGAGCAGCACAAACACAGUAAUCAACAAAGAGAGCGACCAGCACCAGGGUAGUACAACUACCUCCACGGCGGGCGGGCCACCAGCUGCUGGACCGACGCAAUGCGGAGCUCGUGGCGCGUCCUAUUCCACCACCUUACCAACAUCUUCCUCGUACCCUCAAGGCCUGUCGCAACAUCUGACGACUUUUCUCCUCGCGAAGGUAAAGCGUUUGGAAAGGAAGUUCUUUUUCGUCGUGGAGGAUAGACCACAUAAUAUUGAUCCGCUUGUUCUCUUGCUCCAUCACGACCACGACCACAGCACCACUUGCAGCGAACAGAUGCAAAAUCUGAUCAGUUUGAAGCUGCGCCGGUCUUUUUACAAGUUGUGUGCGGCGCUGGUCGUGCAGUGUGGGCGGGUCGAAAAGUUGGAGUUUUUGGUGGCGGGACGUGGUGGACAGGAGCACUGCAAGGCUGCAAAAGCCGGAAGGGACAGUGCGAAGCCACGUGGAUGCGGUGGGAGUGUUGUUGAAGAAGAACGGCAUGAAGAAGUACCGGGGGAGGACCACUUUGACAAAUCUCCUUCUCCGUCAAGAACAGGAGCAUUUCUCUCGACGUGGAAUCAUGAACCCCAGGUCACGAACAAGAAGACCGAAGAACGAGAAGACGAGCUGCUUUACUUUGUUGCUCGGAAACUCAAAAAUCAAAAUUAGUGUGUGGUCGAAUGUUAAUCAUGAAGAAGACGAAGAUCGUCUUUGCUUUUGAUGUCCCCAUAUUAAUUUAGAUUUAUCGAUUGGAAGUGCCUGGACUGUUCCUGGCAUGAGUCGAAAAAA